CCCACACUCACUCAAACACACACACGCUCCCGCCGAGCUGCCAGUGAGCCUCCACCACCGCUGCUGCCGCUCCACGCUUCUCCAUCUCCGAGUCCUUUACGCACCGCGGUGCCGUUCUUGCUUCGCGCGUCCAGCUGUGCGCACACCUCGAAAGCUGAGCUCCGUUUAAAAGCCCCGGGCAGACUGGACACAAGGAGCGGAUAAGGAAUAUGGCUUCUACCGCGAUGGAGCGUCUCAAUCUGUCGGAGUAUCAGAUGAAAGUGCUGGAGGACAAUUUCAAAAAAGUCAGCAAGCAUCCGGAUGGCACGACGCUCCUGUUGAUCGCUGCGGAGUGCGGGCUGUCAGAGGAGGAGACACAAAAAUGGUUCAAGAUACGUAACGCGCAGUGGAGGCAGGCCGAGGGUCUUCCGGCCGAACUGGGAUCAGUGUUGGACUGAAGGUGGAGGAAGAACCUGCUGGAUGUUCGAAGCUCUGUGCAGACCUCGUUACCUUCCCUCAUACGCUUCCCCCUCCCCGUGUGUCCCUCUCUCUCUUUUUGUAUCUAUGAAGCUAUUUUAACUUACUGUACGGAAUGUGAAGGUGUUUGUGUGUCGUUGCCAAUAUAACCGCCAUGUUUACAGAAAUAAACGUAUUGUUAUUAUAAGUUAAAAAA